AUGACAGUGUCUACCGAAGGUUGGGAGAACUUCAAGACUAAUAAAUGGUUAUUCUCCACACCCUCUUCAUCAUAUGCAGAUCGACCAAAAUCAAUUGUUCGACGAACAUCAUCAGAAGAGGCGCCAAAGUUGAAUGGAGUAGAAUCACCAGGUAAUUUUUUAUAAAUUUUCAUACAGAAAAAAAAGACAAAUUUUUAGGAAGCCGUGCGAAUCGCCCACGAACAUUGUCUGAUAGAGGAAACGAGAUUCUAGAUAAACAUGAGGCGAUGCUUGAUUUAUACGCAUGGAAAUGGUCAGAACUGCGAGAAAACUACAACGAGAAAGGGAUUCACAACCCGUCAAUCUAUUGCUAUGCAAUUUCUACCGUUCAACUUCUCUCUCAUAUUCCAGCAAUAGUCAGACUUCUGCAAGAACAUCGAUGUCAAGAUCCAAUUUGUUUAGCGUGUAAUUGGAAAAGAUGUUUUCUACAAAGCUCGAAUAGCGCAGGAAGUAUUAAUUGGUUUAGAGAAGCUUUUAAAAGAGAUCGAAAAUUCAAUCAAGGUCGACAAGAGGAUGCACACGAUGCUUUGCUGUCAAUUCUAGGAAAGUUGGAUAAAAUCGCCGCGUCGAUUCCUAGACUAAAAGAAAGAAAAGUGGCUGAUGAUUUAUUCGGAUACUCAAUCAGAAAUGAGGUUAUCUGCAGGAAUUGUAAAACCAAACAUGUUUACUAUGAGAAUAAUACAGUUAUGACGGUUAGAAUGAUCAAGAAAGAUCCGACUGGAAAAAGCGCGUCGAUCAAAGAUCUCAUGCAGAAUCUUUUCAACAAUUCCACAAUCUAUGGAUAUAAUUGUGCGAAAUGUAAGAAGAAGAGUGAUGCACCUGUGAAACCGACACUUCUUCGAGCCCCUCAAAUCCUAUUGCUGCACAUCUCGCGAUUCUCAUUUGAUGGAUUUGGUCAGAAAAUUUCACGGCCUGUUAAAUUGAACGAUUCGAUUGAUGUUUCGAGUAUGGCGACUGGUUCCACGUCGACGGUUUAUACUUUGUGCGGAGCGAUUGUGCAUAGUGGAAAGAGUUUGGAUUAUGGACAUUAUUAUUGUGCGGCUAGACAUCGGAAACGGGAAAGGCAAUUUGUGAUGUUGAAUGAUUCGAGUGUAAGAUUUUGGGGGGAGGGUUUGAAGAGAUAGAUAAUUCAAUAAAGAAAACAUCUGAAAAAAUCCUAACUUUAACCGGAAAUUGCCACGUUAUAAAUCAUUUUCAUUGAUUUUCCAGCAACAAACAAAAUUCUUCAAGAAAGGGAUUUUAUUUGAAAUCGUAAAUUUUACAAAUUCUCUUGUAAAAUUAUUUUUUAUAUAUACACAGUUGAAACACAAAACCAAAUUUUCCAAAAUCUGACAUUUUAUUGAUAAAAAUUUUGAAACGUAUUUUUUUUUUGACUUGUCAAAAAAAUCCUGAUUUUAAUUUCAGGUCAGCUCAAAUGCCAAUGUCCAAGAUGUCCAACAAUCCUACAUUGUCCUCUAUCGCCGUGCCGAACACGUCGAACUCUCCUCACAAACCUCGAUGAUCUAA